AUGCGCUUGGGGAAGGUCUUGGAGAUGCUGCAGGAGAUGAAGACGCAAGGCGAGAAGGACAAGCAGGACGAGGAAGUUCAAUAUGCCGCAUACAAGCAGUUCUGCGAAGUCACCGAGAGAGAAACGCAGCGCUCGAUCGAAGAUGGGACCGAGAAGAUAGAGGUCCUCACCGCAGAAGUGGAGAAGAGUGGAUCGGAUGCCACCAGGCUUGGUGAAGAAGUCGCAGCUCAUGUUGCAGACAUAGAGGGCGCGAAAGCAGAAAAGGAGGAGGCUGCGAAGAUGCGGGAGACAGAGCGGAAGGACUUCCAAGCGAUGUUCCAGGACCUGUCGGAGUCGAUCGACGCCAUCGGCAGAGCAACGAAAGAGCUGAAGUCGGGGAAAGCUCAGGAGGGCUCCCUCAUUCAGCUAAAUGCCUUGAAGCUGCCGGAGAAGGCCAGCAAAGGCUUGAAUUCCCUCCUCUCCGAGGGCUUCGAGGAUAGCCUCUUGAGUGACUUGCAAGCACCGGAUCAGUUCAAGUCUGGAGGUAUCAUCAAGAUGCUCGAGAAGCUGGAAGACCAGUUUGUGGACGAACGUCUGCAGCUCGAGAAG